UUAAAAAGAAUAUUGAAAAGCAGCUAUUAUCCGUUCUGCACAAGGGAAGAUGAGAGGAACUAAAGUAGAAUCAGCCAAGAGGAGAAACAGAAGCCGAACAUCUUCUUCCAUCUCCACUGCCCCACCUCCAAAGUCAUCCGUUCUUGACACUGAAUUUGUGAGUGAAGAAGCAUUUUUAUACGAAACAAGCCCUAACAAUAACCCAAGAAGCUUCCCAUAUAGUGUGAAGCAGAAAUGUUGGGAAAAGGCUGAGAGGGUUAAAGGGAGAGACCCUGAUAGGUGGCGUCGUGAUGUUCUUGGGAACACGCUGUUCCGCAAACUUGUCGGCUGCCCAGGUUGUCUUUGUCAUGAUUAUGAUCAUAUUCUUCCUUAUUCUAAGGGUGGGCAAAGCACAUUAGAAAACUGUCAGGUUUUACAGGCAACAGUUAAUAGAUCAAAAGGGAAUCGUACUGAGAUAUCUAAAGCUGAUCUUAUUCAAAAAAGUUCUUAUUGCCGAGUUUCAGGCCGUGAUAUGGAUCUUCUUGAACUAUCAGCCUAUGGCAACGUUCGCCGAGGACAAGAUGAUGGGGGAUGUAGAAUUCAGUAGCUUAAAUGUUGGAGUUAUUAGAAGAAAAAGAAAUGUAAUGGGUGAUACAUAAGGGGUCAACUAAAUACAUCCAGUUCAGAUUGCCACAGGGGACACAGGUAUGGAGUUCAAGGCAAAAGUGAAUUACUUUUCAGAGGUUUUUGUAACAUUUUUAUUCAUGUAUCAAUUGUAUUUUGUAAUUCUGCUAUUAGAUCAUGUAAAAAUGAGUAAUCAUAUGUCAUCUUUAGUAUAGAACUUAACCUGGAAAUCCUUAAAUUUGACCAAACAGUAAAGAUUACUUCCUGAGCAUUAUAUUUUUUUUUUCAAAAGCAGGUUGUAUUAUUUAA